AUGAAUUGCAUUCUGCUCUGUGAUGCUUCAAUUAUCCAUAUAUGCAAAAUCGGUUUGAAGUCUCCUCACCUCCUUCAUCUUCUUGACAACUGUCCCGCAAAUGCUGAACCUCUCAUCACUCGAAUGCUUCGAGUUCUCACUGAUCCUCGAAAGGUUGCUCCACCGAAUGCUCAAGUCGACCCCAUCAUGCCUCCUAAAGAGGUGGUUGAUCGAAUGCGUUGGCUCUACAGGGAACGUGCCAACGAUGUGCGUUUCAUCGUGCCGGUGAUUGUGGGUCUCACUAAACAGGAGGUGAUAGAACUUCUGCCGAGGAUAUUCCAGUUGAAUGAAGCGUAUAUCAAGGAGGUUAUUUCCCGACUUCUACGCGCAAGUGUGGCGACACAACCUCCCCCGGAUCCACAUAAUCCGAAUGAUGGAUCAGAAGCCUCCUCCUCCGCAAAGGGUCCUUUGACACCAGAAGACCUCUUGGUCGCCAUCCACCUUCUCGAGUUCGCAAAAGAUCCAGAUGCUGACCCUAAUGAUCCAUCUCCAACUAUUUACUGUUGUAUUUUGCCUCUUUUAGCGAAGCCCUACAUCGACAUUCGAGUAAUUCUCCAGGGCUGUAUGAGCUGCUUCUCAGAGCGUUCACUCUACACCCAAGAACGUCUCUCGGUCGCCAUCAGCCAACUUCUCGAGCGGCCAGUUAUUCCCACACUAUUCCUUCGCACAGUUAUGCAAGCUCAUGCUCUCUAUCCCCGACUCUCGGGCUACGUGAUCAAUGUCCUCUUCCGUUUGAUUCAAAAGCAAUUCUGGAAGUCGGAAAUCCUCUGGGCUGGAUUCAUCCGCUGUUGUGUGAAAAUCCAACCUAAAAGCUAUCAGGUGCUCCUUCAGUUGCCACCACAACAACUUGAGGCUGUAUUCAAAAGAGAACCAGAUUUGAGAACACAGCUGAGACGUUAUGUGGAUACUUUUUCUUCAGCUCAGAGAACUAAUAUUUCUCGGGGAGUUUAUGAGGUACUGGAAAGAGAAGAGAAGGUUGAAGAUCCUGUCGCUACUGAAGAAUCUGUUUCUCAGCCUCCCUCAGAAAUUAAACAAGAAAUGGGAGAACAGACUAUAAAAGAGGAAGAAAGGGAACACUCGAAUACAGAGCGUGAACAGAAUGCUGACGUAGAGUCUUCGGGUGCCGCAACUCCAGUUUGUGAUGAGGUACGUUUAGAUAUUGUUUAA